AUGUUCAUCUUCAUCAAACAUGGAGAUAAUCAGCAGUUUCUGGUCAAUGUCAAUUGCUCUGUCCUCCUGUUGCUACAUUACACCCGAAAUAAAGUGGGGUUGCCUAAAACAGACACCAUCGAUUUGUGUGAUGAAACGGGGACAAUGAAGUUGCUUUUCCUGAUGAAGACCCCUGGAGACAAUGCCAGCAAAUUCCUUACAGCUCGAAGCACCUAUUACGUUUGUAAGGUGGAGCGUGGGGCACCAGGGACAAGACUUGAGAAUUCCUACAGAGCUUUCGUGCCCCUCCUGAAGAAUCCAGAGCCUGAGCUAAUUGAUGCCCUGCGCACACAAUGUGACUUCCUGGAGAGAAGCCGAGUGAAGCUGCUUAGAACCCAAGAAGCCAAGAAGGUCGUUCCAAUUGAAUCCACUGUGAACCUCCCGUCAAAAUCAACGGGAAGAUCAGAUGAAGAGGGGCCCACUCGCAGGGGUCCGCUCUUUAAGACCAGAGCAGACUUUCUCAGUAGGAGGGAUAAACAUCGCUAA